CGGCUACAACAGUGACUUCGACCUUUGGUUACGUAAGGGCUGAAGCUGGUAUAUCUGUAGAGAGGGCAGCAACAGGGUCAGUCCUGCUCCAACAUGCUGACAAGGCUGGUUUUGGUCUGCUGCGCCGUCGCUCUCGUAGUGGCCCGACCCCAGGGCGCCCCUAGGCCACCUGCCGAGAUCUUGGAGUACGAGAACAACAACAUUGGAGUCGACGGGUACAACUUCAGGUUCCAGACCAGCGACGGAGUUGCACGCAGUGAAACCGGAGUGUUGAACAACGUUGGAACAGAGAACGAAGCCAUGUCCGUCACUGGUGACAUCAGCUUUACGACUGACGACGGCAAGAAAGUAACCAUCAAGUUUGUGUCCGACGAGAACGGUUACAGACCCGUUGUAACCACUUCGUAACCAGUUCCAGCCCGCUCAAAUGUUGUAAUAUAAACAUCAUGUAUAAUGUCACUUGUACAGAUAUAAAUAUUUUUUUCCAA